AUGGAAGAGAGCGUCAUUGACAUCGUUAAGACCAUUGCUGGCAAAAUUGCAGAAUACUCGGUUGAUCCAAUUCGACGCCAGCUAAGUUAUCUGUUUUGCUACCGCGGCUACCGCGGCUACAUGGAUGAUCUCAGCAACAAGGUUCAGGAGUUGGGGCAUGCAAAGGAUGACCUUCAGAUAACUGUUGAUGAGGCCAUUAGAAGAGGGGAUGAAAUCAGACCUAUUGUUCAAGACUGGCUGACUCGGGCAGAUGUGAUUACAGGGGAGGCAGAGGAAUUGAUGACAGAUGAAAACAAGAGCUGUUUCAAAGGGUGGUGUCCUAAUCUCAAGUCACGUUACCAGCUAGGCAGAGAAGCAGAACAGAAGGCACAGGUUAUUGUUGAAAUCCAAAAAGCCCGCAAUUUCCCUGAUGGCGUAUCACAUCGUGUCCCUGCCCCGAACGUGACUUCUAAAAAUUAUGACCCUUUUGAAUCAAGGGCAUCAAUUUUGAAUGAAAUAAUGGAUGCAUUGAGAGAUGAUAAGAUCAGUAUGAUUGGUGUAUGGGGGAUGGGCGGCGUGGGCAAAACCACGCUGGUAGAACAAGUAGCUGCGCAAGCUAAGCAACAGAAGUUAUUUGACAAAGUGCCGACAGCAUAUGUAUCCCAGACGGUGGACUUGAAGAAAAUCCAACAACAGAUUGCAGAUGUGAUAGGUUUGGAAUUUGUGGAGGAGAGCGAAUCGGGACGAGCAGGGCGGCUUAGUCAGAGGUUGACACAAGAGAAGAAGCUUCUCAUAAUUUUAGAUGAUCUUUGGGUGGGCCUUAAUUUGAAGGACGUCGGGAUCCCUUCGGAUCAUAAAGGGUUGAAAAUGGUGCUGACUUCUAGAAGACUUAGCGUUUUAUUUAAUGAGAUGGACACCGAAAAGAAUUUUGCAGUUGAACAAUUGUCGGAAGAAGAAGCAUGGAGUUUGUUUAAAAAAGAGGCAGGCGAGUCAAUUGAGAAACCAGAUUUGCAACCUACAGCAGAGGAGGUGCUUAAAAAAUGCGGGGGUUUGCCUAUUGCAAUUGUUACAGUUGCAAAGGCAUUAAAAGGUAAGGAUUCCAUUACAUGGAGGGAUGCCUUACGGCAACUUACACGAUCUAUUGAGACCACUGUUGAAGGAAUUGAAGCAAAAAUCUUCCUCACUCUAGAGUUAAGCUACAAUCAUUUAUAUGGUGAUGAGGUUAAGUCAUUGUUCUUGCUUUGCGGUUUGUUGGAUUAUGGGGAUACUCCAAUUGAUAACUUGUUGAAAUAUGGUGUGGGCCUCGAUUUGUUUCAAAACAUCAAUGCAUUGGAAGAAGCCAGCGAUAGACUGCAUACGUUGAUCAACAACCUCAAAGCCUCAAGUUUAUUGCUAAAAAGCAAUGAUGAUGCUUAUGUCAGAAUGCAUGACGUGGUUCGUCAAGUCGCCAGAGCAAUUGCAUCCAAGGAUCCUCAUCGAUUUGUAGUAAUGGAAGAUGAUCGAUUUGAAGAAUGGUCAAAGACCGAUGAAUCCAAAAGGUGCACCUUCCUCUCUUUGAAUUGCAGAGCUGCCCAUGAGCUUCCUGAAGGCUUGCUACUUCGGCUCUGA